AUGGUUUGGGAUGCUGACUCAGAUUCAAUUUCAAAUUUCAAUUUUACCACUGGUAUGACUGAUCAGCAACAAUAUGAAACAGAUUCUAAUGCUUCAUCUACUGCUGGAAAGCGAGCAAAUACAGCUGUUGUACGUAAGAUUGAAAAAGAACAAGUACGAUAUCGUCUACUGGAUUAUCUACCAGGUUUUCAUUGUUGGGAUAGUAAUGAUUCACGUUAUUUGAUAUGUGAAGCAAAUUAUUGCAAAUCAAAUAUA